UUAAUUGGAGAUUUGGUGAUGGAUGGGGAGAGGGGAGAAAAUCUUUAUACGGUGACCGGGAUGAGCUCGGAGUGCGGUCAAUAUCAAACGACUCAACCGGACUUCAUGUUUACAAUGUAGACGAGACACAACUUUAUGGAAAGAUUUACGAUAUAACAAAAUGGUGUAUUAUUACACCUCUAAUACCGUUUCUCCAGCAGCAUAUAUCUAUGCUGGAAAAGACAAAUUUGAAAGUAAGAAAUAAUCCCAUUGAAUCCCAAACUCAAAGAAACACAUGUUAACGUAUCGGUACCCCACAGAUGAAGAUCUCAUCAAGCAUGGAUUAGAAGAGGAUGUAUGGUUUCACGUAGACAAGUUGUCGAGUGCGCAUAUAUAUCUUCGUCUCAAUGAGGGAGAAUCCUGGGAAACUAUUCCAGAAGAUUUACUGAUGGAUUGUGCGCAACUUACCAAAGCCAAUUCUAUUGAAGGUAGGUGGGAGUGAAUAUUUAGGAAGAGUGGGACGUGUAGUGAGGAUAUGUGAAUUGAUGAUUCUGAAAUAGGUAAUAAGAAGGAUAAUAUUACGAUUAUCUAUACGCCAUGGUCAAAUUUGAAGAAAGAUGGAAGUAUGGCGGUUGGACAAGUUAGUUUUAAGAAUCAGAAAACUGUGAGUAGUUCAUUUGAUUCCAUGAUUCAAUGUAUUAUAUUAUGUGAUAUUGAGACGUUUUGGUACUAGGUUAAGAGGAUUAUGGUUCUUGCGAGGGAAAAUCCAAUAGUCAACCGUUUGAACAAGACGAAGGUUGAAAAGUUCCCAGAUUUGGCAAUGGAGAAGGAAGAGAAGUUGAAGGCUGCGAGAAAGAAGGAUCAAGCUGCUCUUUUGGAACGGGUACGUAAUUGGUGUCUUUGAGUAUUUAGACAUUACUAAUUUGGAAUCAGAGGAAACAAGAGGCGAGACAGGCUCAGGACUAUAAGGAAAAGAAGUGGCAGAAGGAUCAUGCAUAUGAUGAUUUAUUUGUUCAGGAUGAUGAUGAAGAGGCAAAUAAUCAAGAUAGAGGAGAGGAUUUCUUGGAUGAUUUCAUGUAGUUUGUUGUAAUGGAUAUCAUUAAGGAUUUAAACCUGCAUGAUGGAGGGGGUAUUUCCAACCUAGUGACAUAAUUUUUGGCAGAAAACGGACUUUCCAUUUCCCAUACUUUAAAUACCUUCUUUCGAGUCUUUGGACCUGUGUCCAUAGAAACUCGUAAUUCUGUUGCCUUGAACCAAACUUCUCUUCUACUUUCCACCUCCACCUCCACC